AUAUAAGAAAUGUUUCUUAACAUAUUAUAGAGACAAAAUUUACUAGAGAGAGAGAGAGAACAAAUUAAAGAAAAUGGCUACUGAUAAUCAUAAUGCAAAGGCCAUGGAAACGAAGCUAGCUGAAGGAAAUUCAUCUUUCCAAAAUAAAGAUAAGCAGCCUAUGUAUUCAGAUGAUGCUACUUUAUCUGUUCACUCAUAUGGAGAUAGUUUUACUCCUCAUCACAUAACUGUAACUAAGGGUGAGGAUGUUGUGAGGAAAAUGAAAUAUUUUCCUUUUCAUCAUGCAACUACAUCAAAUUCAUUAUUGACUGUUCUUUCUGCUAAUGGGACAGCAUUAAUAGCAGACAUUAUUAAAUGUGGUGAAAAGACAUACAGAAGAUAUUUUGGUUGUUUUAAAAUUCUAUCUCUGUCUUGGACAGUAGAACUUGAUUCAAAUCAUAUUCCUCUGAAUUAUGAUACAAGAAAAUUAUUGAAAGUUGUAUUGGUCAAUUUAUAUAGUGGCAGGGUUUUAGGUGGAGUUGCAUACCGAUUAGUAGCUGAUUCACCUAUUGAGAUUUUUGUUGGGAGUUUCAAGAAAGAGAUUGGUAUGUCAUUUGAUGGUGCUUCAUCAUCAUCACCAUCACCAUCUAUAGGAAAAGUAGUGGCAGAAUUAGUAAGCAAUGAUACACCUGUUGAAGAUUAUGAUAAGAUUACUCAUCGAAGAUCAAUAUAGUGCUUUUAUAAUCUUUUCAUAAGUGAUCAAAUAGAUGUCUUAGUAUGUAAUUCUGUUACUGGUUUUAUUGUUGUGUUGUGAACAUGUAUAAACUUUGUUACUGGUUUCUAUUGAGUUGUUUCAUAUAAUUA